AUGGUUAAUUUUUACCGCCGAUUCCUCCGGCACUGUGCCGAAACCAUCAUGCCGCCCACGAACCUCCUCUCUAGUCCCAAACGUUUGUUAGAGCUCUCCACAGACUCUCGUGUUGUUUUUGACAAAGUGAAGACUGUCCUGGCCGAUGCUGACCUCCUGACUCAUUCGACUCCCGAUGCUUUCGUCUCCCUCAUGGUUGACAUAUCCAAUGUUGCAGCCGUUUCGGUUUCCCAGCAGCACUUCGCAGGUCAGACUCAACUCCUAGCCUUCAUCUCCAGGACGUUACCAGUCACCAAAUGGCGCUAA